GUAUUCGACCUUUUUAACGUUAACCAUGGCUGCUGGUACAUUGUACACAUAUCCAGAUAACUUCAGGGCUUACAAGGUGCAGAUUGCUGCAAAAUACAGUGGUGCUGACGUAAAGGUUGUGCAAGAUCCACCAGCUUUCAAACUUGGGGAGACAAACAAAUCUGCAGAAUUUCUAAAGAAAUUUCCUCUCGGAAAGGUCCCAGCUUUUGAAGGAAAUGAUGGAACUUUACUCACUGAAAGCAAUGCAAUAGCUUUCUAUGUUGCCAACGAGACCUUAAGGGGAUGCAGUGUGCAGGAACAGGCUGCUGUGCAGAUGUUUGUGAACUUCGCUGACAACGAGAUUAUGCCAUCAGCAUGCACCUGGGUAUACCCAACACUUGGCAUCAUGCAGUUUAACAAACAGAACACAGAGCGUGCCAAGGGGGAACUGAAAAAUGUUAUGUGUUACCUGAAUGAGCAUUUGAAGACACGAACUGUGCUAGUAGGAGAAAGAGUCACCCUUGCUGAUAUAUCUGUCGCCUGCAAUCUCUUGAUGCUUUAUCAACAGGUAUUUGAUCCAAGCUUCCGUCAGCCUUAUGGUAACGUCAACCGGUGGUUCAUGACAAUUGUCAACCAACCACAAGUCAUUGAUGUUCUUGGGAAUGUGAAGCUCUGUGAAAAAAUGUCUCAAUUUGACGGUGAGUUUUCUGAAAGUUGUCAAAUAGAAUUUCUAAUACUAAAUUUAAACGAGAUGAAACUAUUUGAAUAUAUGACUACGUAUUAUAAAUUUUUAAAAAAUGUAUUUACUUGUAGCAAAUUUGUGCUGGAUGAAUGGAAACGAAUGUAUUCUAAUAACCCAGUAGAUGUUGCAUUGCCAUGGUUUUGGGAAAAUGCAGAUUUUGAAGGCUAUUCUAUUUGGUUCUGCGAGUACUUAUACCCUGAAGAUCUGAAGAUGGUGUUCAUGGCCUCAAACUUAGUCUCCGGUGCAUUACAAAGAUUGGAUAGCAUGAGGAAGCAUGCAUUCGCCAGUAUAUUAAUUCUUGGAGAGAACAAGAACACCAAAAUCCAGGGCGUUUGGUUUUGUAGAGGUCAAGAUCUCAUUUUUGACGCAAGAAUCAACAGUGUUGUUGAUCUGCAGAUAUAUGUGCCAGAGCAGAAUGAGAAGUGGGUAAUAAAUAUUUCACAGAUGGAAUGA